AUGGCUGAGUGGAGCUGGGUGGCCUACACGGUGCUUGAAGGGUUGAUUGCUGUGGCUUGUUUCCUUGGUAAUGUGUUGGUAGUGUGCGCCGUGUGUAUUGGUAUCCGGGAUUCCCUUCGCGAGCCGACCUUCUGCUUCCUGGUUUCCCUGGCAGUGGCUGACCUGCUUGUGGGCAUGGCUGCUGUGCCCCUGGCUGUACUAUUAGAUGGCUGGGUGAGCCUGACACCUGACCUCUGCCUAGUACUCUGCUGUGUUCUGCUUGUGCUGACUCAGGCCUCUGUGCUGUCUCUGCUCGCUAUAGCUGUGGACAGAUACCUCCGACUUCACUCACCACUCAGAUACAAAGCCUUGGCUUCACAGAAGCGCACAUGGACUGCCGUCUCUGUGUGCUGGGCUCUCUCCUGUCUCCUGGGAUUUACUCCUCUGUUUGGCUGGAACAACUACUCUCUAGCCUCUGACUCCACCAAUACAUCCUCCUUUUCCCUCUCAUCUUCCCCACCCUGCACUUUCCUCUCAGUAAUCUCCCUCCCAUUUAUGGUCUACUUCAACUUCAUGGGGUGUGUCAUGGCGCCCCUGCUGGUCAUGACCUUCCUCUACACUCGAAUCUUCUGGAGCCUGCAAGGUCGUCUGAGGGAGAGCUGUCCCCAGGCGCAGGCCUCUCUGCUCAGGGAGAAGAGGCUGGCCUGCUCGCUGGCUCUGGUUCUUAUUUUGUUUGCCGUCUGCUGGAUUCCUCUGCACCUGAUGAACUGUCUGCUGCUGUUUCACGGCCCUCAAGCUGUCCCACAGGGGACACUCUAUGCAGGUAUUCUCCUGUCUCAUGCCAACUCAGCAGUUAACCCUGUGGUCUAUGCAUAUCGCAUCCCAAAGAUCCAGCAGGCCUACAGUCAAAUAUGGAGGCGCUUCCUUUUACACAUAAACCAUUCCCACGGGGAUAAACAAGUUCGUCGAGCAAGAGCAAGCAGCCAAGCCAAAAACACAGAGACAUGUGGAUCAGGGAAGACAACGCCCUGACAAGGGACAACAGGAUUAAUAGAAGUUGAAUGUCUAUUCAUGUGGCAUGGUGGAAAGGCUUUUACAUAUCUGUGUUUAACCAGAGAGCAAAAUGAUGAAUUAAAGGCAG